AUGCCACUCUUACGUCCCGCCCUCGUGGCCCCCGUGGGCGCCCGCCUCACAAACACAGCCUCGGCACGAUUCGGCCUCGCUGCAAGACCACAGCUGGCGUUGUUAAGCACCGCUGCUUCGCCUUCCAUACUUACCCAUGCUACUACAAGACCACUGCUCCACCACGCCUCAAGACCGACCACCAGCAUCCGUUACCUGAUACAGUCAAAUAAGCGCUUCUAUGCCGCGUCUGCUGAAUCUUACGCGGGCCACAGCUCACACUCGCAUCGCAGCUCAGCCCGCAUCGCAUCGAUGGCCAUCGCUGGCAUCGGCGGGUCCCUCCUCAUCGGAUACUACCUCGCACAAGGCCCGCUCCAGUCCGAUACCUCCUCAACCGACCCGCAGCCAGAGAACCCGCAGCAUCGUGACUUUGCUCCUCCCGUCGAGGAAGAUGACGAAGACUUGGCACGACGCAAUAUCGUCGUCCGCGUCUUCUUCAAGAUCGGAAACAUCGUACAGGUCUGGAUCAUCGAGCCCUUCGGCACCGCACGUCGCUUCCUCUACCUCCUCCUUCUCUUUGCUCCCGUCAUCCUCGCAGCACCCAUGCUCCUCGUCGGUGCUCGGCGCGAGAAAGGGCGCAUGCGCGGCAGAAAGGUGCGCAAGGACGAGGACGGCGAUCGUUGGGGCGCCAUCUGGUGGUACUCGUUCUUGGUCAAACAGAUGGAGCGCGCAGGGCCCACCUUUAUCAAGCUCGCACAGUGGGCCGGCAGUCGUCAAGAUCUCUUCCCUGAGGAGCUGUGCCAGCGUCUUGGACGCCUGCACUCCAACGGCAAGCCGCACUCAUUCCGUUACACCAAGCGCGUCAUCGAGCGCAUCUUCCAGAUGCCCUUUGACGAGAUCUUUGAAGAGUUUGGCCACGAGCCCAUGGGCAUCGGCGCUGUAGCACAGGUAUACAAGGCAAAGCUCAAGCAUGAUCUACUGCCACCUGGAUAUAGAAGAGCCAAGAAGGAGCCAACUUCCGGCGAGACCACAAAGAAGCUUUCUAAAACGCUUGCACUCUCCUACGAAGAGGACGUGGCGCCACCCCAGAUCCCUACCAAUAGCGUUGCCAUCAAGAUCCUCCACCCGCGUGUCGAAAAGACCAUCGGACGCGACAUCAAGAUCAUGCGCUUCUUCGCCAGCCUCAUCAACGUCAUUCCUGGUGCAGAAUGGCUUUCGUUCCCAGAGGAGGUCGAUGUGUUUGCCGACAUGAUGUUCUCGCAGCUCGAUCUGCGCAACGAGGGCAACAACCUGCGCAGGUUUGAGCACAACUUCUCGCGCCGCCGCUCCGCCAUCUCGUUCCCGCGUCCGCUCACCGAGUUCAGCACGAAGCAGGUGCUCAUCGAAGAGUUCGAGGACGCGCUUCCGCUCAAACACUUCCUCCAGCUCGGCGGCGCCAAGUUCGACCACCGCAUCGCCAACCUCGGCCUGGAUGCUUUCCUUAACAUGCUGCUCAUCGACAACUUCACCCAUGCCGAUCUGCAUCCGGGCAACAUCAUGAUCAAGUUUUACAAGCCCUCCACCGAGUCGCUGCUCUCGGACCUCUUUGCGCGCAUCCUGAGCAAGUUCGACAGCGACUAUGCGCCCGGUCACCGCAAGGCGCCGGCUACGCCCGACGACCAGGUGGACGAGAGCAUCGUCCAGCGUCUGCGUCCGCUCAACCACGACCAGGACGCGUGGCUCGACGAGCUCGAUCGGCUCGACGCGCAGGGCUACCAGCCCGAGAUCGUGCUCAUCGACGCCGGUCUCACCGUCGAGCUGACUCCGCUCAAUAGGCGCAACUUCCUCGACCUCUUUUCGGCCGUGGCUCAGUUUGACGGCGCACUCGCGGGACACCUGAUGGUGGAGCGAUGCAGGACGCCCGACCUGGUGGUGGACGAAGACGUAUUUGCGAUGAAGAUGCAGGAUCUCGUGCUGAGCGUCAAGUCCAAGACGUUUUCGCUCGCAAAGAUCAAGAUCUCGGACGUGCUCAACAAGGUGCUCAUGGCCGUGCGCGACCACCACGUCAAGAUGGAGGCCGACUUUGUCAACACGGUCAUCUCCAUCCUGCUGCUCGAGGGCAUCGGUAGACAGCUCGAUCCGGACAUGGACCUGUUCAAGAGCGCGCUGCCGAUCCUGAGGCAUUUGGGACGCGAGUUGCAGCACCAGGAGGGUGGCGGUAUGCACGUGCCUAAGAAGGAGGAGAUCAAGCGUAUGCUGCCCAUGAUCAAGGUGUGGCUCUACAUGGAGGCGCGCGGCAUCCUCUCGGCGUUUACCGAUGCGAAAGUCAGCACCGUCGAUGCCUUCAUGCGCUACGGCUGGCAUUCAGAGUAG